CAACUGGACAACAAUGAGGAAUGGAAGACCGUAUCGAUGCUGUGAGUGCUUCUGGGUUGCUUUUUAUUUGACACUGCUGCUGGUUUUCGGAAAGCGGGCUUUGGCUGAUUUGAGAUACUCUGUUCCGGAGGAGGUCAAAGAAGGAACUACUGUUGGAAAUGUGGCCAAGGAUCUUGGUAUUGACAAAACCUCUUUGACUGAUCGUCGGUUCCGUGUUGUUUCUGGAUUUAAGGACGCGUUUUUCGAGGUAAACCCGGACAAUGGGGCUUUACAGGUUCGUAAGAAAAUCGACAGAGAAAAGCUUUGUCACGGUAGCGGUUCAUGCCUCAUUGAGCUAAAAAUCCUUGUUGAAAAUCCCCUGGAAAUGCAUCAUAUUGCUGUAGAAAUUGCUGAUGUAAAUGAUCACUCCCCCAGCUUUUCUGAAAAGGAGCAGACCUUUGAAAUGGCCGAGCAUACAUCUCCGGGAACACGAUUCCAGCUUCACCCGGCUCGUGAUCCUGAUGCCGGAAUAAACUCUAUCCGCAUAUACACACUAACGUCAAACGAGCAUUUCGAUAUUGAGAUUAGUCAAAGUGAUGAGGAGAAAAUACCAUUUCUAGUGCUGAAGACAUCUUUAGACAGAGAACAAAAGAAUAAACACUUGCUAACUGUAACAGCAGUUGAUGGAGGUAAACCUCCAAAAUCUGGCACGCUUAAUGUAUCCGUUAUUGUUCUUGACAGUAAUGAUAAUCGCCCGACAUUCAGUCGGGAGACUUACCAAAUUGAAAUAAAAGAAAAUGUCUCUGUUGGUGCUGUUGUUGCAACUGUAGCUGCUAUAGACCCAGAUGAAGGCACUAACGGGGAAAUAGAAUACAGCCUGAGCAAAACAUUAGCGCGUAAAGUUUAUCAGAUAUUUGAACUGGAUAGUGUAAGUGGACAAAUUACGCUAAAAGUAGCAUUAGAUUUUGAGGAUUCUGAGAUUUAUAAACUAGACGUUGAAGCAUCUGAUAAAGGACAACCUCCAUUAAUCGGAAGGUGUAGAGUAAUAAUAAAGAUACAAGACAUUAAUGAUAAUGCUCCAGAAAUAGAAGUCACGUCACUAUCAAAUACAGUAACCGAAGAUUCAAAGCCUGGCACAGUUAUUUCACUUAUCAGUGUAACGGAUAAAGACUCUGGACUUAAUGGAAAAAUAAUUACACACAUGACCGACAAUGCACCUUUCGAAUUAAAACCUUCUUACAAGGAAAACAUAUAUUCCGUGGUCACGAAGGGAGUGUUAGAUCGAGAAACUGUACCAGAAUACGAAGUAAUAAUAACAGCUACAGACUGUGGUGAGCCUCCUUUAUCGAGUUUUAAAACUCUUAGCAUUCAGAUAGCAGAUGUAAAUGACAACAGUCCACAAUUCACCCAAAACCCAUUACAGUGUUACCUGACAGAAAAUAACUUCGCAGGUGCGCCAAUAUUUUCUGUGAGUGCGGUAGACCUCGAUGCAAAUGAAAACGCAGCUAUUUCAUAUCAUCUUCUGAGAGAAGGUGGUGAAAAUUAUGUAAUAUCUUUUCUAAAUGUGAAUUCAGAUAAUGGACAAAUCACUGCGCUAAAAAGUUUUGAUUUUGAAUCGCUGAAAACUUUCCAGUUCCAAGUUGUUGCCUCAGAUUCUGGAACUCCGCCACUAAGCAACAACGUCACAGUCAACGUCUUCAUCCUGGAUCAGAACGACAACGCUCCAGCCAUCCUGUAUCCACUCAGCUCCAACGGCUCUGCUCAAGGUGUGGAGGAGAUUCCCCGAAACGUCAACGCAGGACACUUGGUGACUAAAGUCAGAGCCUAUGACGCUGAUAUAGGAUAUAACGGCUGGUUGCUCUUUUCACUGCAGGAAGUUACUGACCACAGUCUCUUUGCUUUGGACCGCUAUACAGGACAGAUCAGAACACUUCGCUCAUUCACAGAGACAGACGAGGCUGAGCAUAAAUUGCUCAUACGAGUCAAAGACAACGGCAACGUUUCUCUCUCAGCAACAGCUACUGUGAUUGUCAAACUUGUGGAGCCUAAAGAGGCUUUUGCAGCUUCUGAUGUUAAAAGUGCAGCAAACGAUGAUGAGGACAGUAAUGUCAUAUUUUACCUCAUGGUAACUUUGGGCGCAGUUUCUGUGCUUUUUCUCAUCAGUAUCAUCGUUCUGAUUGCAAUGCAGUGCUCCAAAUCCACAGACUAUACUUCUAAAUAUCUGCCAGAGACUAAUUAUGAUGGGACACUGUGUCACAGCAUCCAGUACAGAUCAGGAGAGAAGCGGUACAUGCUAGUUGGACCCAGAAUGAGUAUAGGAUCUACUAUAGUUCCAGGCAGUCAUGCAAAUACUCUAGUGCUGCCUGACAGGAGAAUGACAUCUGAAGAGGUAAGAGAUAUUAAAAGUUUUUUAUUUUAUUUUACGAAAUAAGCAUAUUUCUAUUCAUGAAUUUGUGAUGGCUUAAGAAAGCUUACGUACUCAUAACCAGACCUCUUACAAAAAACCCUAAUGUGUUUCUGGCAACAUAUGCAGUAUUUUAUGUCCUAAAACAUUUUUCCACGUUUGUCAUAUUUUGAAGCUUCUUAACCUGACACUUAGCAGUUUAUAAUAUACUUAUGUUCAUGUAAUAUAUGUAAAUAUCAAUCCUUACGCAACCAUCUUAAUGGGCCGUAGCUUUCCUUGUGGUUUGUAAUUGCUGUCCAUGGUGCUGAAAAGGAUUCCCAUGCUUUCUCUGUUCCUCGAAUAUUACAAGUACAAAAAGAAAACCUACAGUUUGUAGAUCAUUUAACGUAUUGUUUUGGCUUUAGAAAAUAACGUUAGAUCAUUUCCUGAAAGUUCGUGGUUUUGUUUUUUUUUGUUUUAUUUUAUUAGGGGAAGCAUUGAGAUCUCUUAUUGACUCUGGACACCACGUCUUUAUCUUGUCUUGUGGCUUGACAGUAUGAGUUGUAGCCAAGUAUAAAACAAUUUUGCAUUAAACAGAUGUGAUAAAAACUGGACUAAUUCUCUGCUGUGAGACACCUGCUCGCAUGGUGUCAGUGUGAUAACAAAAAUCAGCAGCUCAAGAUGUUGUCGUCAUAGCUUUGUAAUCCGUCCUCCUCACACCAGCCUCAGUACAACAUUAGCGCAGUUUUUCUGUUCUUAUUCUAGUCUGCGUUUGCCUCAUUGUACCUGUUUAAAAAGGGAGUAUUUGUAAUCAGGUAACCCCUGGAGUCUUUUUUAAAGGUCAAAAAACUAUUUGUGAUGGAUUACUGGUGAUUUUGGAUAGAACCAUGG